GUGUUUUUCUACUACAAAUUCUAUCUGCCCAUGAUGGCAAUCGCAUUUCAGCUGUGGAGAACCCCUUAUCAAGGGGGUAACACAUCACAAGACGGAAUAACCGAAGAAAACUCAAAACCAGUUGACCAAAGAAAGUGUCCCCUUUGUGGCAGAUCUAUUAUUCUGGGCAGGCGUUGACACUUGACAGUUCUAAAAAUGGUGGGAAACUAAUGAAUCUAAAUUUUUACCCCUUGUUUUGGGCUCCUAAACAUCUCUCCACUUGGAAAGACACACUUAAAUUUUAAAGACAAAAUUGAUAGUGUAGUUUUGUAUCAAAAUGCCAGUACUGGAAUUGUUUAUUGUUAUGGACAAUGUCUAUCAUGGAUUGCGACGUUGCUUUGGACCUGAGAAGCCUACUAGAAUAUCCAAAUGGCCAGCUAAUAAUCCUCUCAAAAAAUUGGAAAAACGCCGUCGCAGGAUAAUGAAGAAUAAACGCGUGUCGCGACUUUCGCGAAGGAAUCACUUCCCGAGCAACGAAGAAAGCAAAGAGAGUGUUAUUACCUCAUCUGAACUAAAGGAGUAUUUCACCUGUGGAAAAUUCCCCGUACCGAUUGCUCUGAGCCAUGAACCAGCCAUAGCCCCUUCGAAAGAUCUGCUAAAUCGCCGGCGUCUCCAAAACCGCCCGCUGAUGUUGAAUGCCCGCCAGGUUUUUCAAGUUCAGUGGGGCGGUUGGUGGCAAAGGUGCUGGCCCACUCUUGUGGCAGCCAGUAUGCAGAUGAGCUGCGGAUCCUCGGUCCUUUGCCAUUCGCUGUUGGGGCUGUACGAUGACGACGAAUACGAUCCACCAAUCGUGCUGCUCAUGUGUUACUUCGGACAGGCCUUUAAAAAGCUUUGCAAACAGGCAGAUUUGGCCAUUUGCAGUAAUGGUCAUGGGCCCAAUUACAUCACCACCUCGGCAGCCAUGGAAUUGAUCGACAUCCGCGACUUUUUUCAGCAAAUCAACAAUGCCUUGGUGGACUAUCUCCUCAGGGUCGCUUCCGUUUCCGAGAUAUACACAAGCCAGUCUCUGGAAUAGAAUAACUUGGAAAUCCUACAAAAACUUAUGAAUCAAUGGGCACCGUAAACUCCACCUAGGCUAUACCUUUAUACACUAAAAAGAAUAGGUUCUAGCUAAGUAACAAUCCGAAGCAAAUAAAAUACCUCUUUAGAAUUCAUCUUUAACACA